CAGCUCUGAACUUCCUGGGUGAGGGGUGCCAAGAAUGAGAUUCGGGUCUGGGCAGGGGUGUGUAGGAAGGGUUUGAGGCCUGGGGGCACUCGCUCACUCUUAGUAGCUUUGCACAUAGAGUUCAUCCCUCUCCCCGAACUCAGGGCUCAAGGGACUUCAGGGGCACGUUAGUGGCACUGCAAGUAACUGAAUCAGGAUCCCCCUGCCUCUUCCUUUCCCAGCCCUUCACUGUCUUCAGUCCUGCAUGCUAGAUGUGGUGCAUCCUCCCCAAGAGGCUUGUUUUGCAAGGUCAGGGAAGGUCUAAAGGAUAUCCUCUGGGGCACAGAGCAGACGCACCCACAGCCACAGAGGCGACACAGUUGACAAAAGCAGAACUUCUCAUUCCACGCGCUCGCCGUCCGCCAGCAGCAGAAUUAUUCAGCAAAUGGAUGCUGUACGUGAAAAGCGUAAACUUCUCAGGAACAGUUUACCAACAGGAAAAAAAAUUAAAUGCUGCAUAAAUGAUUCCCUACCAACAGUUUUUCUCGGCUCUUAGUAAUGAUCCAAACUGUGCAGCUUCGCAGGGAAUUUCCACUAUGGACCGGAGAGCCCAUGUGUCCAUCCACAUGUUCCUUGUACUUUUCCCUGAUGCUACUCAAUGUCUGAAGUGGGAUACCUAAGUAGCCUAUUGCCUGGCUUUCUUCCAGCUGAUUUCUCUGGCUAAGGAGAGAGAGCAAAGCGACAGCUCUGGACUUCCUCUGUACUGUUUGGAAACAUCUGCUCAGUAUUUUUUUCUUUGGAAACGUCUGAUCAAUUCCCUGGGUCCUGUCCUAGGAAGCAGCAUCUGCAGAGUAGAUCUGACUCCUGUUUCCUCCUAGCACAAAGGUCCCUUCCAUCACCAACCUCCUCCUUAUGGUGACUGCAAACCUUUGGGGGUCAGAGAGGAGGAAAGAGCGGAUUUGGUUUCUGGUCCAAAGGCUUGGAGCAGGAAGCAGCAAGGCAAAAAAAAAAAAAAAAAGCCACAGGUGGCAAAGCACUUUAAGGGGAAGGCUGUGGCGUAACUUCCUCUUUUCAGAGGGGAUAAAAAGAAGCACAGACGGAGAAAGACAAGGUGGCAGAGAUCCUUUGGGCAAGCAGUGAGAGACCCAGCCUAUCAUCUGCUCAACAGCCAGACUCUCGAGUUCGGGACAGGUGCCCAGCCACGGCCAUGGGGGAUAUGUACAUCCGACACAUUGAGCUGCUGGGCUUUGAGAAAAGGUUCUUCCCCAGCCAGCACUAUGUUUACAUGUUCCUGGUGAAAUGGCAUGAUCUGACUGAAAAACUCGUCUAUCGGAAAUUUACUGAGAUAUAUGAAUUUCACAAAGCUUUAAAGGAAAUGUUCCCUAUUGAAUCUGGGGACAUCAGCAUUGAGAACAGGAUCAUCCCUCACUUACCAGCACCAAAGUGGUUUGAUGGCCAUAGAUCCACACAGAACAGGCAAGGCACACUUACCGAAUACUGCUACUCCUUGGUGAAUCUGCCGUGCAAGAUUUCCAGAUGCCCGCAUGUGCUGACCUUCUUCAAAGUCAGGCCUGAUGACUUGAACCCACCUACAGACAGUUUGAUCAAGACACCCGAGACGUUUCUGUUGCCAAAGGACUCCAAGCAAAAUGUAACAGAUAUCACUGGUCCCAUCAUCCUGCAGACAUAUCGCGCAAUCAGUGACUAUGAGAAGAACUCCAAAUCUGAGAUGGCUAUCAAAACAGGGGAUUUGGUGGAUAUCGUGGAGAAGAGUGAAAGUGGCUGGUGGUUCUGUCAGCUAAAGAAUAAAAGGGGUUGGGUCCCAGCUGCCUACCUGGAGCCCAUGGAUGGUCCUGAAGAGUCUGAGGAGCAAGACCCCAACUAUGCAGGUGAACUCUACGUUGUCAGAAAAAGCUACACAGCGAUUGAGGAGGAUGAGAUGUCUCUGAAGGAGGGAGACGCUAUUGAAGUCAUCCAUAAGCUACUUGAUGGCUGGUGGGUUGUCAGGAAGGAUGAAACCACUGGCUAUUACCCCUCCAUGUAUCUGCAGAAGUCUGGAGAAGAAAACAACCCCGCAAAGAACCAGAUGAGGAACAAAGGUGUCCCCCCUCGAAGAUCAACUAUCCGAAAUGCCAAGAGCAUCCACAACCAGAGCCGGAAGCAGAUCAGCCAGGAGAUCUACAGGCGGAACAGCAAGAAAUACAUCCAGAGCCGGCAGAAUCUGAAGGACAGUCUCCUGAACAAGCCCAGCACCAUCAUCGAGAUCAAAGAACCCAGAGAAAGCAAGUCCAAGGCUCAGCCUGCCAUUCCACCCCGACCCAGCAAAGCUCUCAUUCUGAAUCGCUGUACUGAGAGCACAAAGAACAAGAUCAACUGAUCCCAUGGGACCAAGAAAACUAUGAAGCUUCAUCUCUGCUGGUUUUCAUGUGUGAUGAGCAUUGUCUCCAGACUGGACAGUUCUUGUGUGUAAUCUUGACUCCUCUGAAACAGCCUCAUGCCUCACUGAGCUUUUAGGAGGUGCAAGGCAGAGCUGCAAUGCACAUCCCCCUAUCAAGUUAGGGUUUGAACUGUUCUAAACUGAUGGACCAGACUGCUGUCAUUUAUACCAAAGCAACCAAAGUGCUACUGGGGACUGCACUCUGUAACAAACUGCAUGUCACUGUGCAUAACAAGCAAGGACUAAGACGGGGAUUGAGUAACCCUGGCUCCUGUCCUUGUUAUGGUAAUGGCAGAUGCUCAGCAUGCUACUGCUUAACUAAUGCCUCCUUAAUUAAAUUCCUGAGUGGUGUAGCCCUUUCUUAUUUGCUCCUUUGUGCUUUGAACCUUGAGUUUGCAUUGUUUGAUCUGCUUUGUAGUAUACACAGCUUCUUCGGUGGUUCCUCCGUUAUUAUAGCAAAUAUGUUGGUGCAUUUAAUUUAGAAAGAAAUGUUUGUAUGGUGUAUUUUAGGGAAAUGGGUCAAUGGUUUUGAAAACGCCUUUUCCACAUUCUGUAUCGCGUCUCUCUGUCAAAAAAACGAAUGAAUGAACAAGU